GCAUAUAUAGCCCGACCGCCAUAGCGGUGAUUGUAACGGGAGCGGAACGGAGCAGGCUGAGCAGCGUCGCCAGACUCAGCCUCUUCAACCUCGAAACCACCUGGCGUAAACUGUUGCUUUGCUCGCCAUAAAGAUGGCCUCAAACCAGAACGUAGUGGAUAUGGCGGAAGCCAGACGGCGCGGCUCUCUCGACCCAGCCAAACUGCAUGCGUUUCUAUGGGGCGGCAAUAAAGAAUGGCAAACCAAAAGAAAUAUAGCCACUUUCCUUUCGAAGGAUCCGGUAUUUGACAAGGCGCGAAGAUCGUUUAUUGCUCGCACAGAAAUGUACCAGCGAGGCCUCGCUAUGACGAAGCGCCUGUAUGAACUGGCGGAUCAGCAUGGCUGGUCUGACGAAGAAGCGAAGCUUGCCGUCAGAGUCAUCGACGAACCGCUUCCUAUAAUGUUACACAACGCAGCAUUCGAACCUGUUGUUCGCUCACAAGGCUCAUCCGAGCUCAAUAAGCACUACGACGAGCUGAAAGCCCGGCACGGCAUCAUAGGGUGCUAUCUUCAGACUGAACUCGGUCAUGGGACAAAUGUCGCGGCGCUCGAGACAACAGCGACAUACAUCCCUGAGACGCGCGAGUUCGAGCUCCACUCACCCACGCUUACGAGCAGCAAGUGGUGGGUCGGCGCACUUGGCAAGACCGCGACGCACGGUGUGGUUCAGGCGCGCCUCAUUCUGCCGUCGGGAAAGGACGUCGGACCACACCUGUUCUUCGUCCAGCUGAGGUCGACUGAGGACCACAGGCUGUUGCCAGGCAUCACCGCAGGCGACAUCGGGCCGAAGGCGCUGUCAGGCUAUGGCGCGGUGGACAACGGCUAUGCACGCUUCGAGCACGUACGUGUUCCACGCGAGUAUAUGCUCUCUGCGUUUGCGUCCGUCACGCCCGACGGCAAGUACAUGCAGCCUCCGCACGCGAAGCUGAGCUAUGGUGGGAUGAUGUACAUCCGCUCGAGUAUGGUCGUCUCCGCCGGGUGGACGAUCGCAAAAGGUGCUACGAUUGCGAUUCGCUAUGCUACGGUACGCAGGCAAGGGAACAAGGGGCCCGAUGGCCUGGAGCGUCAAGUCAUCACAUACCCCUCUGUCUACUAUCGCCUCCUCCCGACCCUAGCACACGCAUACGUCUUCAUCCUGCUUGGACGGAACUUGGUGAGCGCGGCAUUCUCAGACAUGUCCGCCCGGCUCGCGUCUGGAGACACAUCGCUGCUGGCCGAGAUGCACGCCACCACGAGCGGACUGAAGGUGCUGGUCAGCACUGUCGCCAUCCAGGACCUGGAGGCGGCACGCCGGUCGAUGGGAGGCCAUGGGUUCAGCGAUUUCGCGGGCGUUGGCAGGCUAUAUGCGGACUACCUGCCUGGCGCGACGUUCGAGGGCGACAACUUCGUGUUGGACCAGCAGGUGGUUAGGGCUGCCUUGAAAGCGCACGACGCCCUUGUGGCUCGCAACACGAAGUCCACCUCUGAUCUUACCCCGUCAUCGGCAUACCUGCGGCUCCUCGUCCGGGACGAGCCGACCGCAGACACGUCGUCUUCGACGGCAUGGGAGGACCCACGUACUGCGAUCUUGCUGCUAGAAAAGCGUGCCGCGGCGAUGGUGCAGGAGCGGGCCAAGCAUCGAGACGACCCGGAUGCGAGCAGCGACCAUCGCGUAGCCAGAGCUGUGGUCGACGCAUUCGUCGCUGUCCAGGUGGGGGAAACCAUCCGUGACUCGGAGAGCGUUGUAGGGGGUCGAGAGGCUCAGGUACUCAAGAAGCUGUACCUCCUGUAUCUGUUGACUAACGUGGAAAGCGGAUUGGCCGACGUCUUGUCGUUCAAUCUCUUGUCCGGAUCUGGAUCGGUGGAUCCGUCAAGGGCACUGCGAGUGGCGAUCAAGCAAACAUGCUUGGAUAUCCUUCCCGAGGCGGUUGGCUUGACGGAUGGGUUUGGCUUCAACGAUUGGGAGCUCGACAGUGCACUCGGCCAAUAUGACGGUAAUGCGUAUGAAGAGAUGUGGAAGAGGGUUCAGUCCGAGCCACUGAACAAGACUGAGGUUCCCGAUGGAUAUGAGGAAUAUAUCAAGCCGCUGUUGCUGCGCGGGCCAGGCCUUGCUGGUCGUUCGAAGUUGUAG